AUGGCUCCUCAUGUCCUAAUUCUCCCUUUCCCUGUACAAGGCCACAUCAAUCCCCUGCUCCAAUUUGCCAAGCGUUUGUCCUUCAAAGGUCCUAAAACCACCCUUGCAAUCACAACCUUCAUCAUCAACUCCAUCAAUAUCCAAACUGAUCAGGUGAGCUGUGCACCCUUCUCUGAUGGCUAUGAUGACACAGGCCUCAAUGGAGCUAGAGAUAACAUUGAAGCAUACUUUGAGAGUCUCCGAACAAUCGGUUCGAAGACCUUCGAGGAACUAAUAGUUAAGCAGAUGAGCUCUUCAUGUCCUUUCACAUGCAUGGUAUAUGAUACUUUUGUUCCUUGGGCUGUAGAAAUCACUGAGAAAUAUGGUUUGCCUUGUGUUGCAUUCUCCACUCAGUCAUGUGCAGUGAGCUCUAUCUACUAUCAUUUUAAUCAUGGUCUUCUUGAUUUGCCUGACAGUGGUGCAACUGUUUCAUCACAUGGAUUGGUACCAUUAGAGAGGUUUGAUUUCCCUAGUUUCACCUUUAGAGAUGGUUCUUAUCCUGCUCUUGCUGGUUUGUCUUUGAAUCAGUUCAAUGCUCCUCAGAAAUCUGAUUGGGUUUUAUUCAACUCAUUUGAUGAGCUUGAGAAUGAGGUGAUCAAGUGUUUGAAAGAACAUUGGAAUGCAAGAACCAUAGGACCAACAGUGCCAUCAAAAUUCAUGGACAAACGUAUCAAAGGAGACGAAAACUACACCAUGAAUCUCCUCAAGCCUGAAAGGGAUUUAUGUAUCAACUGGCUCAACAAAAAACCAGCAAACUCCACAGUUUACGUCUCUUUCGGGAGCUUCGCAAACUUGCAAGAAGAACAAACACAAGAGUUGGCCUUAGGCCUGAAACAAAGCAACAAGUACUUCUUAUGGGUGGUUAGAGCUUCCGAACAAGAUAAGCUCCCAAGAAGAGAAGAGUUCAUUGAAGGUGAAGAUAAAGGACUCAUAGUUGCAUGGAGCCCUCAACUGGAAAUUCUUAACCAUGUGGCAAUUGGUUGUUUCUUGACUCAUUGUGGAUGGAACUCCACCCUUGAAGGGCUGAGUUUGGGAGUGCCAAUGGUGGCUGUGCCACAGUGGACUGACCAGCCAACGAAUGCCAAGUAUGUUGAAGAUGUUUGGGGAGUGGGAGUGAAAGUUAAGGUUGAUGAGAAGAAGGUUGUGAGAAGGGAUGAGAUUAGUAGGUGCAUAAAGGAGGUGAUGGAUGCGGAGAGGAGUGAGGAGAUUAGGAGGAAUGCAAGAAAGUGGAAGGAGGCUGCUAAGCAGGCGCUUUGUGAGGGUGGGACUUCUGAUGAGAAUUUAAAUGAGUUUGUGGAGUUUUUGAAUGCUAGUUCUUGUGAUAUAAACUAG